AUGGCCGCGCUGGUUUUGGGCCUCGUCGUGGCCACGGCCGCCGUGGCUGCACCGGAUUGGAUGGACUGUCCAACACCAUGCAGAUGCAAGUGGAGUUCUGGGAAGAAGACCGCGCUCUGCAGAGAAGCUGGGUUCACUUCCAUACCUGGGACUCUUGAUGAAGACAUCCAAGUCCUCGACUUAUCUGGAAACGCCAUCUCCAAACUAUCUAAGUCUGCGUUUGAAAACGUCGGACUGAUACACCUACAAAGAAUAUACUUAUCCAAUGCUGGACUCACUGAGAUUCAUCGAGACGCAUUCAGGAAUCUCACGAUUCUCAUUGAGGUCGAUCUCUCACACAACGACAUCAGAGAGUUCCAUCCGAUGACAUUUAGAGGAAACGAAAGGCUUAGAGUGCUCUAUUUAAGUGGCAACCCUCUCACCAAGCUAGUUAGAGCUCAAUUCCCACCUCUACCACACCUCAGAACCUUGGAGCUAGAAGGCUGCAACCUAGAGUUCGUGCAUAAGGACGCUUUGAUUUACCUGGCAGCACUAGAAACCUUAAACCUCAAAUACAAUCUGCUACGUAAUAUCUCCGAAGCCACCUUUGUAAACCUAGCAAACCUGAAGACUUUAUUGCUAGACAGUAAUCCUUGGAGAUGUGACUGCGACUUACGUGGUUUCCGCAACUGGUUCCUCAACAGCAAGCUCUACUCAUUACCGCUACUUUGUUACGAACCUUUGAGGCUGACAGGAAAGCAUUGGGGAGACGUACCUCCAGAAGAAUUUGCAUGUCCCCCGCAAUUGUACCCUUAUCCUCAGCUUCAGGUUCAAGCUGAAGCAGGAGGACGUAUAACGUUCGGAUGUCGAGUAACAGGUGACCCAAUCCCUGAGGUAUCUUGGCUCUAUGAUGGAUACCCAAUUAAUCGCACCUGGAUCAUGAUAGAAGCAGAAUAUCAGUGGACAAAUGUGAGUGUGAAUAACGUGAGUGAAAGUGAUGUAGGGACCUACACCUGCUUGGCCAAGAACCUUUUGGACACCGCUUCAAUGAAUUUCAGCCUGGUGCUUCCAGAGGUAGUUACUGCGACCACAGUGAGCAAAUCGAACAAUAAAAUCGUUUGGUGGGGACUCCUAGUUGUCAGUUUGGCCGUAAUGUUCUCGGCAGUGAUUACCAUUACCGCAGUGUGUUGUGUGAGGAACAAGAAUUUGACUCAAAGGAGAAACUUGAAAGCGAGUGUUAGUUUUACGGAUCAGGAGAAGAAACUGUUGGAUGUGAGCAUUGCGACGACUACGGAUCGGGGUUCAGAUAGUUGUGAAGCUUUGGGACCUGAGGUGGAGAUGAUUGAACCACCUGUACAUAUUACUAUUGAAAGGGAACCGGUAAGUUCAAAUUUGGUAGGAAGAAAAAUUAAUACGAUGUGA